AUGGAUCUCACAGAACUUAGCCUUGAACCUGUCGAGCCCCGCAAAGGUGAACAAAGCGACAGUAAUGAACCAGUCAAUCACUUAAAUGUUGCUGCCAUCAGAGAUUUCGAGCAGAGCAAUCGGGGCGCUACCGAAGAAGGUACAGAUCAGACGAUAGAAGACAUAUCCCAGGCCAAUCUACAAACGAAAAAGGAUUUGGCAGGUCUAUCACCAGUCCUUAGGUUUUACAAAGGCGACAACAUCCAAGGCCGGACCUUAGAAGAAAUACUCGAAUGGUCCGAUAGCAAGCUUGAAUACACCCAUGACUUUAUCCAAAUGCUGUUUCCUAUCCCCGAAAGGUCCAAUUUCAUGUUGCACCCUGCGGCAACGUUGGACGAGCAGACCAUAGAGACUUUCCGAAACGACCCCGAAUUGCAGACUUCCAUGCGCAUGGCUCUCGCUCGAAUGCUUCGAUUCUUCGGAUUCGAUUAUCAAAUCGUUAGCUUAGAUCCUGGUACCGAAGGUGCAACAGCCAGUCAGAGGCUCGUACAGAUUGUCCCUAACCCAGAGACAUUCCCCAGGGCGGCAAGGAACUGGAUGAACAGCCAUAAUGAUUUAAGAAUUACCAGGAUAAUACGAUGCCUCAGGUGCUGCGGGAUGGAAACCGAAGCCCGGGAAUUCUACCGAGCCCUUCGGCAUCUGCAUACCUCCCGAACCGGUCAUCCUAGAAGAAUUAGUGAUCGCACGUUUAUGUACUGGACACGAGCCGCAAAGCGGGAUCUUCGAAUACCCCCGGAUAUGUCUGAUGCGGAAGCGGAGAGAUUCGGGGGAACCUAA